AUGGAAGAGGAGAGCAAAAUAACAAAGGGAAAAUAUGCUGCUGAUAUUUCCUCCAUUAAAGAAGCACAUGCCCGAAUCAAAUCAUUGGUUCAUAAAACUCCGCUUCUAUCCUCCACCUCGCUGAAUGUUAUGUCAGGAAGGCUGCUCUACUUUAAGUGUGAAUGUUUACAAAAGGGGGGAGCUUUUAAAUUUAGAGGUGCCUGCAAUGCUGUGUUCUCUCUCAGUGAUGAAGAUGCUUCUAAAGGGGUUGUAACACACAGCAGUGGAAACCAUGCUGCAGCAUUGGCUUUAGCCGCAAAACUUCGGGGGAUCCCUUCAUAUAUUGUUAUUCCAAAAAAUGCCCCAACUUGUAAAAUUGAGAAUGUAAAGCGGUAUGGUGGUCAGGUUGUGUGGUCCGAGGCCUCUGUUCAAUCAAGGGAAGAAGCUGCAGACAAAGUGUGGCAGGAAACUGGUGCUAUCUUUAUACAUCCGUAUAAUGAUGGUCGCAUAUUAAGUGGCCAGGGUACCAUAUCCUUGGAGAUUCUGGAGCAAGCCCCACAUAUAGAUACGCUCGUGGUACCCAUAAGUGGUGGUGGUUUGAUAUCAGGAAUUGCAUUGGCUGCCAAGUCCAUCAACCCAGCUAUUCGUAUUUUAGCUGCUGAACCUAAAGGGGCUGAUGAUGCGGCACAAUCUAAAGCAGCUGGCAGGAUAAUAAGAUUGCCCGAGACAAAUACUAUAGCUGACGGUCUUCGAGCAUUUCUUGGAGAUUUCACAUGGCCUGUAGUACGAGAUCUUGUUGAGGACAUUAUAACUGUUGAAGACAGUGAAAUAAUAAAAGCAAUGAAACUGUGUUUUGAAAUUCUUAAGGUGGUCGUAGAACCAAGUGGAGCAAUUGGCCUUGCUGCUGUUCUAUCCGAUACCUUCCAGAAGAAUCCUUCUUGGAAGGAAUGCAACCAUAUAGGAAUAGUAGUUUCAGGAGGCAAUUGUAAACCAUAUCAUUUGUAUGUUCCACCUCUGAUUCUGCAAUAUACAAGGAUAUUUGUUCGUUAUUUUCUCUGCAUACUUGUCAUUGAGUUUAUUGUUCUCAUUUUCCCAUCUCUAUUGCUUCCCUCGCUUUCCCUUCAUUCACAUUUCGCAGGGCGCUUCUUUCUCAUUGCUGGCAAAAUGGUAUGCAUUUCUUUCUCAAUUUUCCACACUGCAAAUGCAGCGUCCGGUAUGGCUGUGCAUGAUGAUUGCAAACUGAAGUUUCAAGAGCUUAAAUCAAAGAGGAGUUACAGGUUCAUUGUGUUCAAAAUUGAAGAACAGCAAGUAGUAGUUGACAAAUUAGGGGGCCCCUCGCAAAGUUAUGAGGACUUUAUGGCCAGUUUUCCUGCUAAUGAAUGUCGUUAUGCUGUCUAUGAUUUUGACUUCACAACUAAUGAGAACUGCCAGAAAAGCAAGAUCAUCUUCGUUGCAUGGUCACCAGAUUCCUCAAAGGUGAGGAUGAAGAUGGUGUAUGCUAGUUCCAAGGAUAGAUUCAAGAGGGAGUUGGAUGGCAUUCAGGUUGAUAUGCAAGCAACUGAUCCAAGUGAGAUGAGCUUGGACCUUGUGAAAGCACGAGCCAUCUAA